UCCGGCGCUUUUCUGACGUCACGGCGACUGGUUGGGCGCUUUCUUUGUUUCCGGUUUCUUCCAGGCGGUUGUUCUGUAGUGAAGAUGGCGUACCGCGGACAGGGCCCAAAAGUGCAGAAAGUGAUGGUCCAGCCCAUCAAUCUGAUCUUCAGGUAUCUACAGAAUAGAUCUCGGAUCCAAGUGUGGCUGUAUGAGCAGGUGAACAUGCGUAUUGAAGGCUGCAUCAUCGGAUUUGAUGAGUACAUGAAUCUUGUUUUGGACGAUGCUGAGGAAAUCCACAUGAAGACAAAGUCACGGAAACAGCUUGGUCGUAUUAUGCUUAAAGGAGACAACAUUACUUUGCUACAAAGUGUCGUAAAUUAACCCCCAUAAAGUUUCAAGAUUUUUUUGGACAU